GUCACAAUGUCCCCGUCAUAAACCAGGAGUCAUCAGGUUCUAAGACAACGGUGUUCGGGGCUGUCUGUCACCACGAGCGGCCGGACAGCAGGUCGCACCCGUGUUCGCUCAGGAUCUCCUGCGCCGAUGGAAGUCUACGGAUCCCUGCGACCUUGUUCCUCUGGAUUCUUACCGAGCCUGACCACCAUGAGAGACAGCUACAAGGGCUUCAGUGCCACGCAGCUUCAGCCACAGCAAGUCAGCUUCGACCUAACGGGAAGCGGGAAGUCCAAACCCAGGCUGGUCUCUGUUCAGCGGAAAUCCACGGAGCCGUUCGAGACCCAUUGGGGAGGGGAACAGCUCAUUAGGAUGCCGCCUCUCAAACCGAACCCGGUGGCCAUGUGUCAGAUCACCCGGGAAGAUUGGCUGCGCGCCAACAACGUAAACUUCCGGCGCUUGGAGAGCAGCAGGCGGCACGCGGAAAGCUUCUGGCGCGAGACCUCCCGAUUGAUCCAGAGUAAAGAGCAGCUUACGCGGCGAACGCAGUCUGACAGCUCCCGGUGGAUCGGUGAACGGAUAACGGAAAUCUCGUUCUGGCGGAGCGAGCUGGGGUUCGAGCUCGAGCAGCUUCUCCGGGACACGGAGAGGCUACGUCAGGUCAAGUUUCGGUUGGACAGGGCCUUAAAGGAGACCGACGGACCACUGCAGAUGUCCCAGGAGUGCCAGUUCCAGUGUCAGAACCUCAACGACGGAGUCAUCGAUGUAGUGGAGAAAGAACUGGUGCAGAGCCCCCUCCUGAGAUGA